AAACCCUAGAAAGCGUUCUAUAAAACCUCGCACUCGGCCUUCUUGAGCUUCCGGCGUCGCAGAUCCUGUCUCCUCCAAGAUGUCGAAGCGAGGACGAGGAGGUUCUGCUGGAAAUAAAUUCCGGAUGUCGCUGGGUCUCCCAGUGGCAGCGACAGUCAACUGUGCAGACAACACUGGUGCGAAGAACCUCUACAUAAUCUCUGUUAAGGGUAUUAAGGGCCGCCUCAACCGUCUUCCCUCUGCUUGUGUCGGGGACAUGGUGAUGGCCACUGUCAAGAAGGGGAAACCUGAUCUCAGAAAGAAGGUCAUGCCUGCCGUCAUUGUGAGGCAGCGGAAGCCAUGGCGCAGAAAGGAUGGCGUCUAUAUGUACUUUGAAGAUAAUGCUGGAGUAAUUGUUAAUCCAAAGGGGGAAAUGAAAGGUUCUGCCAUCACAGGACCUAUUGGGAAGGAAUGUGCUGAUCUGUGGCCCAGGAUUGCCAGUGCAGCCAAUGCUAUUGUGUAAUGAUGAGGCUAGCCAUAUUAAGAUAACGGACAUGUGAUUGGAAAGUGAUGUUUAUUGAUCCUCAACAAGUUAUCUCCGAUUCUGAUAUUGUGGAUGCUAUGUUGGUUGAAUUACUCUUUAUGCAUGGAAUGCAAGUGCCCCUAUAUCUGUUGAAUGCCUACCCAUUUUGGGGUCCCAUGGUGAUGUGGUCUUCAUGGUAAUGUAGUCAGCUACUUUUGUUAUUCUCAUUAGCAGAGCUAAUAUUGUAAUGGGACGGGCGCUGUCUUGUUCCGUUAUAAUAUUCAUUGACAAUUUGACAUAUAAACCAUAGGCAGCCGACUAUCAUGUGAGAUCAUGUCUAAAUUGUGUGUGGUCUAAUCGAAAGGUUCUUCUCCCA